AUGGCUCUACUCGAGAAAGAACAGGAAGAAAACCCCGCUACUGAAGGGGCUCCCCAGGCAGACGUCUCACCUCCAAGUUGUGCCCAUAAAGACAUACUGCUGGGGUUGGUAAUGAAGGCCUUGGAGGAGGUUUCCGCCUUGCCACCCAUCGGUUCAAUCCUCUCGGGAGACGACCGCGAUCCUGCCAAAUUACUUCGUUUCAUUAGAGACCAGGUUGAUUGCCAAUAUUCUCUUGUUGACCUCAAGCACCUCGUGGACAAUAGCCUUUUCCUAAGCCCAAUAUUUCGGUGUAGCAUACCAGUGGUGGAAUUGAGCAAGAUGAAUGUGGAUGACAUCUGUUUACUCCUGUCUGCCAUUUCUGACCUACCGUCAAGUAAUUGCUCCUCUUAUCAAACACAAGUCCGUCGUCAAAACAUAAACGGUCAAGUGUUGUCAGUUUGUGAUCUUGCUAAGCUUCGUACUGAAUUACAAAUGAGUUUUGGAGAUUGGCAACUUUUUAACACCUUUAUCACUUACCUUCGAAAUGUUGAAGCAAGUCUUGCUGAUCGCUCACGAAAUAGUCAAACAGCCAGUUUUGUAGGUGAUGUAAAGUCGCCGCAUGGAUCACUGGCGGUCUCCUCACCCUAUCCCUAUUCACAAGUUCUUGUCUCCCCUUCUCCAUUUGUCUUUUGCAAUGACCAAUCUCAGGCACGAGGCAAGAAUACGUUCGAUGUUCCUGUGUUGGUUCAACAGGUGCCUGUUGAGAGCAAUGUAGCCAACAUACGUCAAAAUACAGAUCGUACAACCAGCGACUUCUCCUUUGGCAGUGGAACCGAUGAACUCGAAUUGGCCUGGCGUCGUGAUGCUAAACCGGAUUCACUGAAUGGAAAUUCAAAACACCAACACAUCAGUAAGGAGUUGCUGUCACGACAAGGCAAUGCCAUUUGGAUGGAGUCGCUUGAUCGACUCAGUAAAUCCACCCACGAUCUUCGAUCUGCAAACACGUCUAGACGAUCUCAAGGCCGUCAUAUGACGUCCAAAAGUGGUGAAAGACGUCCUGAACGGAGUGUACGAAAGUCAGAACGGCAAAUACCAACAUCACUGUUUCAUUCUGCAUCCAGUGCACCAGAUCAUUUGGUUCAAAUGGUUCCUGCAUACAUCUCGAGAGCUCCAGAUUCCAGUGGUGUCAUUCCUGUGUGGUAUCCCACACUUCCAUGUGUGGGUGAGGCUAACAAACUCCACCAACCUCCAAAACCCAAUGAAGACUACUCCUCUGAAUCGUCCAGUGUCUCCAUGGACGGAACGUAUGAUUUUCCCAGUGAAUAUUCAAGUGGUGAUCGUCAUAGUCAACAACGACAUGCGUACCGUCGACAGUGUCCAGCCAACUGUCCUCACAGCCAUAGAGAGCGUAGACGAAGAGGAAAGUCAUUGCGAUCCAGUAGAUCAACCAAUCGCACUGUACACCGUACUUCAAGUCGCAAGAGCUCUAUGGGACGGUGUAGUCAAAAGAGUGCUGAGGGUUGCACUUGUGAUUACUUUCUCUAUGAGGAAGGUCAAUCGGGUCGAAGUAGUACUGCUGUCAAUCCUUGGACAACACGAUCCCCUCGAAAAAUCUCCUCCCCCGAUCUUUCCGAUAUUGAAGCCAUGACAAGUAGUUAG